CUCUCUGCCUGCCUCUCCUCAGACUGACGAUGGCUGAAGCCCAGCUGAGUGGAUUACAGGACGAGUUCACCUGCUCGAUUUGUCUGGACACCUUGACUGACGCCGUGUCACUGCAUUGUGGUCACAGUUUCUGUCUGAAGUGCCUCACGGACUGCUGGGAUCAGAGCCAAGAGUGCAGCUGUCCUCAGUGCAGUCACACCUUCACCACAAGGCCUGAGCUGAACAGAAACACUCUGCUGAAUGAAGUCAUCAAGAAAUUAAAGAAGACGACACUCAGUCCUCCUCCUUCUCCAUCUAAGAAUUAUGCAGGCCCUGAAGAUGUGGAGUGUGACGUCUGUACUGGGAAGAAGUUCAGAGCAGUGAAGUCCUGUCUGACCUGCAUGGCCUCCUACUGUCAGACUCACCUGCAGCCUCACUAUGAAGGAGACACCUGGAAGGGACACAACCUGAUUGAUCCUGACAGAAAUCUGAAGGAGAAACUCUGUGAGAAACAUCAAAAAAGUCUGGAGAUGUUUUGUAAAACUGACAAGAUGUGCAUCUGCAUGAUGUGUGUGGUGACUGGACAUAAUGGGCAUAAAAUGGUCGAGCUGGAGACAGAGAGGGAAGAAAAACAGAAACAGCUGGGGGCGACACUGAGUGAAGUUAGGAGGAGACUUGAGAAGAAAGAGAAGAAAAUGAAGAAGACAAGGAGGACAACAGAACAGAUGAAGAUCUCUGUGGAAAGAGUGAUGGCAGAACAUGAUAAGAGCUUCACAGAUCUGAUUCACUGCAUUGAGGAAGCCCACAAGAAUCUGACUGAGAAGAUCAGAGAACAAGAAAAGAGAGAAAUGGAGAAGGUUGAAGGAGUCAUAGAGCAACUGGAGAAGGAGAUUGAGGAA